CAGCACGAGUGUGAUUCUGACAUCACACAGCCAACGUCUCGGACCUUCGCACGCAUUCUUUUGCGGUCUCAGGGCUGCAUUUGGUCGCCGCGCAGUUUGGUUGUUUUCCACACGACGCAGCCAUGAAUGUGCUCCUGUCGCCGCAGCCACCGCUAUUCCCUCACCAGCACCAACAACACGAACCAGCUCGCCGGUCGCCAACCAGAUCAAUGUCCCCCUUUCCGAGCAACAUGUCUUCCAAAAAGCGGAAAGCCGACGAUGACGAGGAAAUGGGCACCUCACCCAUGAGCUCUCCCGCCAUUCAGAAUCGCCAACUAUCGAGGCCCUCAAAGAAAAUCCGCUCGCAAAACGAACUCGCCGGCCGCCCGCUGGGCCUCCCUCGCCUCCUGGAAACCCUUGAUGCUUCGCAGCUCCGGACCGUGCUGCAGACCAUCUGCGAGAGACAACCCGAGAUUGGCGAGGAAGUCGUCCGUAGUGCACCUCGGCCUACCGUUGCCUGCGCUCUUUCCGUCCUCCACGAGUAUCAAGAGAAGCUUCGCGAGGCGUUCCCCUACGGCCAGUCCAGCUCCGACUACACGUACUACAGAGUCAAGCAGCCCCUUGUUGCCCUGCUUGACGCCCUGAGCGACUUUGUCUCUCAGUACCUCCCACCGCACGAGACACAGACCAGCGUGUCUCUCGAGUUCCUGGACGGCGCCACCAAGAUCGUCCACACCCUGCCCGACUGGGAGAGUCAAGCCUACCGCUACCACAAAGAGAACAUCUAUGACGAACUAUCGAGAGCCUGGGCCUUGGUUGUGAACGAAGCCUCCAAGAAGGGUGCUGGCUUUGUCCUGCACUCCGGCGGCUGGGAUCAAAUCCUGGCCAAGCACAACCAGGAGUCUCACGGCCGUCUCGGUGCUGCUAUCAAUGCUAUGCGUUCCAACGUUGGUUGGGUUGGUGGAAGUGCCAGCGGAGGCGCUCCCGCCCCUGCAGCCAAUCCCUCGAUCCUCGAUCAACUCAUGGCUGGCAAUUUUGGCUCGCCUGUCAGAGUCGGCCCUUGGUAGGACCAGGCGUCGCAGACCACCCAUCGCUGAGCAAACAAGUCGAGCCAAAAUACCUUAACGCAGCACGCACAUACUCGUUACGCCGUCAUGAUCA